AUGAAAAGAGUCAAAAAAAGCGGUGCGGAAUACCGAAAGAAAAAGGCUAAGAAAGAAGCAGAUGCGAAGAAGUCUCAAGGUGCAUUACUGAAAUAUUUCGAUUCUAGUUCAGGUUCGAAAACCACGUUAACGCCUUCGGCGGCAUCCAGCAGCAGCGGAAAUGAUUUUAAUGCAGAGGAAGAAGACGACGACGUGUCUGUCGUCGAAGUUAGAAGUCGUUCUGGUCCUACCACAGAGCAUGGUCAAGACGAGAUCGACUCAUCAGAAGUACCUCAAGCAUCUAGUCAAAAGUUUGCAAAAGAAGUGAACCUCGAUCUCGAUGUUGCCAAAAAAAACGUAAUUGAAACCGUGCCUUUUGCUCCUUCCGAAGCCAAAGAUGUGAAUGUCGACGAUGUAGGUUGCUGGCCUUCUACUAUGACCGACGAUGUCAGAACGCUUAUAGUACGUCGCGGAUCUGACUCGGUACAGCACAUCGAUUCCAAAUUUGCCGAUGUUGUUCGCUCAGGGACUUUAACAAAGGGCGGUAUCCGAAAACUAACCAGAGAGUGGUUCUACAAACUAUUAUCUAACGGCGAAAAGGUUCUCCGAACAUGGAUGGUGUACUCGCCUUUAAAGCAAUCCUUGUAUUGUUUCUGUUGCAAGCUGUUUGGCAAUUCCAAUUCAGGCACGAACUUCGAAUCUGAAGAAGGAUUCAACAAAUGGUGGAAGCUAAAUCCAAAAAUCGGAGACCAUGAGAACAGCCUGGAUCAUGAGCAGAGCUUCUUGAAAUGGAAGGAGUUGGAAGUACGCCUGAACCGUAAAGCAACCAUCGAUCAGAAACAACAAGAAGUUUUCGAAAUGGAAAACAGAGACCGUUUCGUCCAAGCCGCAAUCGAUUUUGCUAAGACUCUCUGCGAAAAACUCGGAAUCGAACUUAAAACGACAAGAAUUCGCAGGAAAAAACGCAUUCAUGGGGAUGAAUCUGCAGAUGCAGCUUUGUCUCACGAGCAGGAACUCCGUCGAGAGGUGACAAGAUUAUUGAAGAAAUGA